AUGUCACUCCAGCCCGACGACCCACGGUCGCGCGGCCGUUCCAAGUCCCGACAUCGCUCCAGAUCGCGCGCUUCGGCUGCUGGGAAUACCUACCUCUCUUCCGAACCGGCGGACGAGUACCUCCGACCUAGGUCAAGGAGUCGUGGUUAUCGGACCAGCUCCAGUCAUCUCCCCUCCGCUCCGGAUUUGGGCCAUUAUCCUAGGCCUGAUUAUCUACGCGAGGACCUGAACCCCUCACGGUCCCCCAACAUUCGUCCGGUCCGCUACGAUGUUCCCUCGGACGAUGCCUACUCGGAUACAGAUGACGAGGCGCUGGCUUAUGGCGACCUCCCUGGGGGAUUAGAGCGCGGCUACUACGGGUACACGGCUCCUUCCCGAGCUUCGUCGUCGCAGGUCAACGGCGCAAUGAUGUCGGGAGCGCUUAAUGGAGACCCUCGCUCCGGACCGGGGCCAGCCCCAGGGCGCUCCAGCGAGGAGGCCCUGGGCGGUCACCCGAGCUACGCGAAACCUGGUGCGUUCAAAUAUGUGACCCCGGGACAAUACCUUCACGCGCAACCGGACUGGGCGCCCAUUCCAGAGUGUGAGCGACCGGGGUUUGUGCCGCCAUCCUCAUCGCAGGCCGAGGCACCGCAUAUGCCGGGUGCGUUUCCGCUGCCGACAACGACGGGAGCGCCGACGUUUCAAAUGCCUCAGUACGCGAACCCGGAAGCACCGUCGAAUCCGUACGCAUCAUGGAGCGGCCGUCCCGUCUCGAUGUCGGGUACUCCCAUGUACACACCCGCGGUCAGUUCUCCGACACAUAAACGCGCCGUGUCGAGUGACACCACUGCGCCGAUCCCAUACGCCAAUCCGCCUCAAUAUCAGUAUGCGCAGGUCGACCCCAAAGUCCAAUAUGCCUCCAAGAGCGCACCGAAGCAGCCUGUCGCGUAUUCUACGACGCCCCAGUACAUGAAGUCGGGCGAGGCAGAUAAGUUGCCGCAGUAUGCGAACAUCAAAUACUCAGCCAACCCGCAAUUCUCGUCCAGGACCCCCACCAGUCGGCCGGAGAACGAACAGCAGUAUGUCGAAAUUACGCCCGGCGACCGGACGGGCCCCCGCCCAGCUAGCCACUCGGUCUCGUCCGGUAACACUCUUAUGGUCGGUGGCCCAGAUCCCAACGUCCGAUCGGCCAGUCCGAUGCUGGAGCCUUACAAGGGGACAUAUCAGAGCAUCUCACCUAUGCCAUCGCCCAUCGUCAUUCCCUCGAAACGGGAUGAAGACGUGUCGGACCUGGAGCCACUGGAUGGCGGCUCUGACUCGAGCGGACUCCGAAAACAUCGGAGGAAGAAAUCGAAGGACGACAGGGAACUGAAAGAACCCAAGAGUGAUCGCUCAAAGCGAGAGAGGAGUCGUGUUCGGCACGACCGGCAUGACUCACAAGAGCAGGCCGUGAUGCUCAUAUCGCCCAGUACGCCGCGGAAGAAGGUCUCCUUUUAUGACCCCGAGCCCGAUGCGAUCGCCAUGCAGGAUGCCCUAUCGCGUACCCGGAGUAUCGAUAGCAAGAUGCUGAUCCGCGUGCUGCCCCACUUAACCAGCGAGGAGAUCUUGGACCUCCGCACAGAGUACAAGAAACACGUGAAGCUGCACGGCAAAAGCGUCAACCUUGCCAAGCACAUUCGGUUGAAGCUGGGCAAUAGCACAUUCGGCAAGGUGUGCUAUGCUACCGCGUUGGGCCAGUGGGAAUCCGAAGCGUUCUGGGCCAACUAUUAUUACCAGUCGAGCACGUCCCGACGUGAGCUGCUCAUUGAAUCGCUAUUUGGCCGGAGUAACAGUGAGAUUCGUGCGAUCAAAGACGCGUUCCGGGACUCUCGGUACCUCGACAGUCUGGAAAAAUGCAUGACGGCGGAGCUGAGGGACGACAAAUUCCGGAUGGCAGUGCUCAUGGCCCUGAAAGGAAACAGGCAAAGCGAUCGCGAAAGGAUCGAAGAAGAAGUUGACGAGCUGCACAAGGCGCUGGUGUCGCGACAUGGAGGCGAGACGGCCAUGAUUUAUAUCAUUGUCCGGCGGAGUGACUCCCAUUUGCGAGAAGUUCUCCGCCGGUAUGAGGAAAUCUAUGGCCGGAACUUCGCACGGGCCAUGAUAGCUAAGUCCCAAAACCUUGUGGGUGAGACUCUCGCACAUAUUCUCAACGGCGUUAUCAACCGGCCCAUGCGCGAUGCUCUCCUCCUGCACCAGGCUCUUCGGGAGUCCCAGACGGGCAAGGAGCGAUCGGAAUUGUUAAUCUCCCGCCUGGUCCGAUUGCACUGGGAGCCGCGCCAUCUGGAGGAUGUGAAGAGUGAAUUCCGUCGGAGAUACGGGCAGCGGCUGGAGGAGGCAAUUGCCGAGGAAGUGUUGACAAGCAGCAGCAGCGAUGAAUGGGGGGAGUUCUGUAUUGGACUGGCGCGCAGUUCCAAGGCGCUUUCGAAAAAGGGUUAA